AUUAAUAUACUUCUGUCUUGAUUUUUCCCUUUCUUCACAUUCCUGCCAUCUGAUGAUCAGGUUCUUGUUACACUUCAUCAGAAUGUCAUUCCUCACCUCUCUAAGCCAAUAAUGUUGUGUGAUUUCUUGACCCAAUCAUAUAAUAUUGGUGGUGUUGUGAGUGUUAUGGCUCUAAGCAGCCUAUAUGUUCUCAUGACAAAACACGGUCUUGAAUAUCCAGACUUCUACGAUAAGCUUUAUGCUCUAUUGGAGCCCUCUAUUUUUAUGGCAAAACAUAGGGCAAAAUUCUUUCAGCUUCUGGAUUCAUGCUUGAAAUCACCACUUCUUCCAGCAUACUUGGCAGCUGCUUUUUGUAAGAAAUUGAGUAGACUUGCACUCUGUGUUCCUCCUUCCGGUGCAUUAGUCAUUGUUGCUUUAGUUCACAACCUUCUGCAGAGACAUCCUUCAAUCAACUGUUUGGUGCACCAAGAACGUAGUCGUGAAACUAAUGAAGAGGCUUCUGGAGAAGAAAAACACAAUGUUGAUGAUGAAGAGUACUCCAGUGCCAACGGGGAUUUGUCUGUCAAAAAAUCUGGCAUUGAUCAUUUUAACAAUGAGGAAAGUAAUCCCAAAGAAACUAAUGCCAUAAGAAGCUCUCUCUGGGAGUUUGAUACUCUGCGACAUCACUACUGCCCUCCUGUUUCAAGGUACAUGUUUUGCACCAUGAUCUAUGUAUAUGCACACACUGAUGCCUUUUACAUAUAUUUCUCAAUUUGUCUUCUGUUAAUAAUUUAUCCUCUUCAUUGUGGGAUCAG